ACUCUCCAGUCCCAGCAAGGGGGAGGUACAUGGAAGGCCGCAGGAAGAAACAAGAUCUUGAGCUGAGCCAGAACAUCCCAGCAUCUUCCUUGACUUUAAAAGUGUGUUCUGGAGUCUUCUGUGGUUCACUAUUCCAGUGCUACAGAGAUUCCUUAUAUUACAUGGCAGGAGGGGGAUAAACGGGGAUACAGGAGACAACAAUAAAUUAAUCAAGAGCUUUCCUCAUAUCUCAGAACCUAUCCUCAGUAAGAAUGGCAGAUAAGGUUGACUGGUUACAAAGCCAAAAUGGAGUAUGCAAAGUUGAUGUCUAUUCUCCUGGAGACAACCAAGCCCAGGACUGGAAAAUGGACACCUCCACGGAUCCUGUCAGAGUGCUCAGCUGUCUCCGCAGAGACCUGGAGAAAAGUACAGCAGAGUUCCAAGAUGUUAGGUUCAAACCCGGAGAAUCAUUUGGUGGGGAAACGUCCAACUCAGGAGACCCACACAAAGGUUUCUCUGUAGACUAUUACAACAACACCAAGGGCAUUCCAGAAAGAUUGCAUUUUGAGAUGACUCACAAAGAGAAUCCUUGCCAGGGCCCCAGGGCCCAACUUGGCAAUGGGAGUUCAGUAGAUGAAGUUUCCUUCUAUGCUAACCGCCUCACGAAUCUAGUCAUAGCCAUGGCCCGCAAAGAGAUCAAUGAGAAGAUCGAUGGCUCUGAAAACAAAUGUGUCCAUCAGUCAUUCUACAUGGGGAAUGAACCCCCACCCACCAAAAGCCUCAGUAAGAUAGCAUCGGAGCUUGUGAAUGAGACCGUCUCUGCCUGUUCCAGAAAUGCUGCCCCAGACAAGGCUCCUGGCUCUGGAGACAGAGCCUCAGGAUCAUCACAAAGUCCCCCAAAUUUGAAAUACAAGUCCACUUUGAAGAUCGAGGAGCGCGCCAAAGAAAGACAGGGUCCAGAGGACAAGCCUGCUUCUAAGAAGUCUUUCUUCUAUAAGGAAGUGUUUGAAUCUCGUAAUGGAGAUUAUGCCAGAGAGAGUGGAAGGUUCUUUCCUCAGGAGAGAAAGAGGUUUCGAGGGCAGGAAAGGCCUGAUGACUUUACAGCUUCUGUUAGUGAAGGGAUCAUGACCUAUGCUAACAGUGUGGUGUCUGAUAUGAUGGUCUCCAUCAUGAAGACACUGAAGAUCCAAGUGAAAGACACAACCCUUGCCACCAUCCUACUGAAGAAGGUUCUGCUCAAGCAUGCAAAAGAUGUGGUCUCGGAUCUCAUCGACUCCUUCAUGAGGAACCUCCACAGCAUCACAGGGACCCUCAUGACUGACACACAGUUUGUCUCGGCUGUGAAAAGAACUGUCUUCACUCACGGAAGCCAAAAGGCCGCAGAUAUCAUGGAUGCCAUGCUAAGGAAGCUGUACAAUGUAAUGUUUGUCAAGAAAGUCCCUGAGCAUGUCAGGAAAGCCCAAGACACGGCUGAGAGUUAUUCCCUCAUCUCCAUGAAAGGAAUGGGUGAUCCUAAAAACCGAAAUGUGAACUUUCACAUGAAAUCUGAAACUAAAUUGAGAGAACAAAUGUAUUCUGAACCCAAAUCAGAGGAGGAGACUUGUGCCAAAACUCUGGGUGAACACAUUAUCAAAGAGGGGCUGACCUUGUGGCAUAAAAGUCAACAGAAAGAAUGUAAAUCUCUAGGUUUCCAGCAUGCAGCAUGUGAAGCUCCCAACACACAGUGUAAGCCUUCACCAGACAUUUCCUUUGAGUACCCUGAAGAUAUUUGCAACCUCAGCCCUCCUCCAUAUCCCCCAGAGAAACCUGAGAAUUUUAUAUGUGAUUCAGACUCCUGGGCCAAGGACCUGAUCGUAUCUGCCCUACUUCUGAUUCAAUAUCACCUGGCCCAGGGAGGAAGAAGGGAUGGACAGAGCUUCCUUGAAGCUGCUGGCACCACCAACUUUCCUGCCAAUGAGCCUCCUGUAGUUCCUGAUGAAUCCUGCCUGAAGUCUGCUCCCAUUGUAGGUGACCAAGAACAAGCAGAAAAGAAGGACCUAAGGAGUGUUUUCUUCAAUUUCAUCCGGAACUUACUUAGUGAGACCAUUUUCAAGCGUGACCAGAGCUCUGAACCCAAGGUGCCGGAACAGCCAGUUAAGGAAGAUAGGAAGUUGUGUGAAAGACCUUUAGCCCCGUCUCCCCCUAAACUAUGUGAAGAUGAUGAGACCCCUGGUGCCCUUUCUGGGCUGACCAAGAUGGUUGUCAGCCAGAUAGAUGGCCACAUGAGUGGGCAGAUGGUAGAACAUCUGAUGAACUCAGUGAUGAAGCUGUGUGUCAUCAUUGCUAAGUCCUGUGAUUCUUCUUUGGCAGAGCUGGGAGAUGACAAGUUGGGAGAUGACAAGUCUGGAGAUGCCAGUAGGCUAACUUCGACCUUCCCAGAUAGUUUAUAUGAGUGUUUGCCAGUCAAGGGCACAGGGUCAGCAGAAGCUCUCCUGCAGAAUGCCUAUCAAGCUAUCCAUAAUGAAAUGAGAGGUAUAUCAGGUCAGCCUUCUGAAGGGUGUGCAGCACCCAAGGUGAUUGUCAGCAAUCACAACCUAACGGAUACAGUUCAGAACAAGCAACUCCAAGCCGUCCUUCAAUGGGUAGCUGCCUCUGAGCUCAAUGUCCCUAUUUUGUACUUUGCUGGUGAUGAUGAAGGGAUCCAGGAGAAGCUACUUCAGCUCUCAGCUGCUGCUGUGGACAAAGGAUGCAGUGUGGGCGAGGUUCUGCAGUCGGUGCUGCGCUACGAGAAGGAGCGCCAGCUGAAUGAGGCGGUGGGGAAUGUCACACCCCUGCAGCUGCUGGACUGGCUGAUGGCGAACCUGUGAUCGGCAACCCCACUGCUUUCCCCUCUUCCGGCAGUGGGCCCGGCCCUUAUCCCCGCCCUUCUUUCUCACUUCCACACCUCCCCCUCUAUAUCCUCACAGAGCCCUAACAUUAUCUUCAUACCACUCUCAUCAAAGUCAGGUCACCUUAUGCUAGUCACUGAAUUUUGCAGAUUUUCCUGUCCAUGCGAGCAAGGACAUAAAAUUAAAAAAUUACAAUUAAAGGGC